GCUCCCGGGGGGCUAGGGCCCGGUUGCGGGCGGCGGGCGAGCGCUGGGGCGGCGUCAUGUCCUCCGAGGUGACCGCGCGCCACGAUGCCAAGAAGCUGGUUCGCUCCCCCAGCGGCCUGCGCAUGGUGCCCGAGCACCGCGCCUUCGGCAGCCCGUUCGGCCUGGAGGAGCCGCAGUGGGUCCCGGACAAGGAGGUGCAGAACCGGGGAGGAGAGAGCACAAGUGUGUCGAACAAAGACAAGUGCCCGAGGUGCAUGCAGUGCGACACCAAGUUUGACUUUCUCACCAGGAAGCACCACUGUCGCCGGUGUGGGAAGUGCUUCUGCGACAAGUGCUGCAGCCAGAAGGUGGCGCUGCGGCGCAUGUGCUUCGUGGACCCCGUGCGGCAGUGCGCCGAGUGCGCCCUGGUGUCCCACCGGGAGGCCGAGUUCUACGACAAGCAGCUCAAGCUGCUCCUGAGCGGAGCCACCUUCCUCGUAACUUUUGGAAACUCGGAGAAGUCAGACACGAUGGUCUGUCGUCUUUCCAGCAACCAGAGGUACCUGCUUCUGGACGGGGACAGUCGCCACGAGGUCGAGGUCACGCGCAUUGCCGCCGUGCAGAUGCUCACAGAAGGCUUCCCUCCUGGAGAAAAAGACAUGCACACUUACACCAGCCUCCCGGGGAGCCAGCCCGUCUCUGAAGGAGGCAACGCGCGGGCCACAGGCAUGACCCUGCAGUACACGGCGCCAGGGGUGGAGGGCGUGACGCAGCUGAAGCUGACGGCCGGGGAGGACGCGAACGGCAGCAGAAGGCAGGCGACAGCAUGGCUGGUGGCCAUGCACAAGGCUGCCAAGCUUCUCUACGAAUCUCGGGACCAGUAACGCCACGCGGGCUGGACAGUCUGCUAGGGGCAGCAGCACCUGCUCGCCGAGCACGCACAGGCGCAACUAACCCUACACGUGCUGGAAACGCAACUCAAGUACUCGGAGCUUACUUAGUGCAAUAUGUACACAGUUGAUUAAUGCUCAGAACACCUCGUGCUUUAGAAUUUGUCUCUUAUCGAUGCCUGAUUGGGGUGGGAGAGACUGAGCUACACUACUGCUAAACUCUUUUUAGCAUAAUCUAUACCAUGUUUUUAUGAGUGCCCAAGUUUACUAGAUGGUUCUGGUCCCUUGAUGUUCGUUCCAUUAAUUCUUCCAUGGAAGUGAUCUGGGCAGUGGUAACUCGGCCUGAUUUGUACUGGAGCACAUCUCACAGACUGCCCGUUCGUGUGUCACUCAUCUGGGGCUAUGAACAAACCUUUGCUACUUCACAGGGGAAGGAACAAGAUUUGUGUUUUGUACUUUUCACUAUUUCCCUUUAUUAAAAUAAUUGUACAACAAUUUGUAUAUAAAGCUUAUGAUUAAAACCUAUUUUGAAAAUACGGA